GCGGGGCGGGGGCGGGCCCGGCCGGGCGGGGGCGGGGAGCGGGGGAAGGCGGGGAGCCCGGCCGCCGGCGCUCGCUCGGGUCCGCCUCUGACUGCGGCGCGGCGGGGCGAUGUGUGAUUGCCAUGGCGAGGAGCCUCUGUCCGGGCGCCUGGCUACGGAGACCCUACCACCUCCAGGCUCGUUUCUCAUAUGUGCGGAUGAAAUAUCUCUUCUUUUCCUGGUUGGCAGUUUUUGUUGGAAGCUGGAUUAUAUAUGUGCAGUACUCCACCUAUACAGAACUAUGCAGAGGAAAGGACUGUAAGAAAAUAAUAUGUGACAAGUACAAGAAUGGAGUUAUUGAUGGGCCCGCGUGUAAUAGCCUUUGUGUAACAGAAACUCUUUACUUUGGAAAAUGCUUAUCUACCAAGCCCAGCCAUCAGAUGUAUUUAGGGAUUUGGGAUAAUCUACCAGGGGUUGUGAAAUGUCAAAUGGAACAAGCACUUCAUCUUGAUUUUGGAACUGAAUUGGAACCAAGAAAAGAAAUAGUGUUAUUUGAUAAACCAACGAGGGGAACUACUGUACAGAAAUUCAAAGAAAUGGUCUACAGUCUCUUUAAAGCAAAAUUGGGUGACCAGGGAAACCUCUCUGAACUGGUUAAUCUCAUCUUGACGGUGGCUGAUGGAGACAAAGACGGCCAGGUUUCCUUGGGAGAAGCAAAGUCAGCAUGGGCACUUCUUCAAUUAAAUGAGUUUCUUCUCAUGGUGAUACUUCAAGAUAAGGAACAUACCCCCAAAUUAAUGGGAUUCUGUGGCGAUCUCUAUGUAAUGGAAAGUGUCGAAUAUACCUCUCUUUAUGGAAUAAGCCUUCCAUGGGUCAUUGAACUUUUUAUUCCAUCUGGGUUCAGAAGAAGCAUGGAUCAGUUGUUCACACCAUCGUGGCCCAGAAAGGCUAAAAUAGCCAUAGGACUUCUCGAGUUUGUGGAAGAUGUUUUCCACGGCCCCUAUGGAAACUUCCUCAUGUGCGAUACUAGUGCCAAAAACCUCGGAUAUAAUGAUAAGUAUGAUUUGAAAAUGGUGGACAUGAGAAAAAUUGUGCCAGAGACAAACCUGAAAGAACUUAUAAAGGAUCGUCACUGUGAGUCUGAUUUGGACUGUGUCUAUGGCACAGAUUGUCGAACUAGCUGUGAUCAGAGUACAAUGAAGUGUACUUCAGAAGUGAUACAACCGAACUUGGCAAAAGCCUGUCAGUUACUCAAAGACUACCUAUUGCGUGGUGCUCCAAGUGAAAUUCGUGAAGAGUUAGAAAAGCAACUUUAUUCUUGUAUUGCUCUCAAAGUCACAGCAAAUCAAAUGGAAAUGGAACAUUCUUUGAUACUAAAUAACCUAAAAACAUUACUGUGGAAGAAAAUUUCCUACACAAAUGACUCUUAGUUCAUUUGGACAUUGUGACCAUUGUGGGAAACUUACCACUUAGGAAAGUUUAAGCAUUUUUAAAAAAUGGCUUCUGAUCAAAAUCCCUGCCAGUACAAAGCUCAUUUCCCGUUCCUAAGAAGCCAUCAUCUUAAAACACACGUCUAUUGCUGAAUGACAGGAGAUCCCCCCCAAAUGUAAUUCCUGCUUUCAGAAUUCCCGGUACAUUUCCCAGUAAAUUCACUGUGUAUCUAUUUUGACUGACUUAAAAUAAUGCUGUGAAGCCUCAUUCCAGAUAUCAACAGUGAGAUUGUUUUGUAGAUUUGUUAGCCAAAAUACCACUGCUGGAAACAUUGUUUGCAUUGAAGCUGCUGUUUAAAAUUUAUACACAAAUUUACUAAUGUCUUAGCAUGGUCAAGUUUGCACAUUAACAGAAAGAAGACUGCAAAGCAGAUAAAUUAAAAUUACUGAUUUAUAAAUAGAUGUUAAUAGUAUGUUUUGUUGUAUUAUGGCUUAAACCCAUUUUAACUCAGACAUCAUACUUUAUGUGGCUUCAGAGCCCGUUUUUUU